GGUUUUUCGAUAACGAGGGGUGGUUCCGGCGGCUACGAUUCAGCCAAGAAUAAUCCGCAUCACGGCGGUCAGAGGUUGAACCCGCAGCUGAGCUUCACCGGCCCAGAAUCGGGCCUUUCUCAGAUAUCGGAGGGCAGCGAGAGCGACGACGUGGACGAAGAGACCGGCCGCCACCAUAGUUCGUAUAGCAAUCCGGCGUCGUCUGGGUUUGUCAUGGAUUGGGACAAUAGUAGUGGUGCGCCCAACUCCAUCACAUUCUCGGGACAACCGCCAAGCAAGAAGUUCAGAGCCAUGGAUGGAGACAUCUAUACUUGCUACAACGGCUUGGACACCCAGUUUAGUAUGCCACAGGACGACGUUAGAGAUGGCGACGACGGUGGACAGGUUGUUGCAUUAUACCGGAUGACUCUGUCCCGUGCAAAGUUCGAGCUAAGCGUGGGUGUGCCACCCACCCUCGAAGCAUUGCGAAAGGGAAAGGCGGACCAGAAUAAGUGGGAGGUUGAAGAAGCUUCAAGAUCUCGUUCCUAACAUGGAUAAGCAAACGAGCUAUUCAGACAUGUUGGACUUGGCGGUUCAGCACAUCAAAGGCCUUCAAAACGAACUCGAGAAACUUCAUCAGGAUAUGGAGAAUUGCACCUGCGGAUGCCGACCAUGCAAAUGACUUUCUUGGCUGACAGAUUUUCCUACCAGAGACAGCUUUUGUAUCCAUUUUAUUCUUCUUAAAUACCCGCCAAAAUGGUUGUUUUCUUAGCUGAAUAAUUAUUUACACACUUGGGGGGAAAUAGUUUUAGUUUUUUUUUUGUUUGUUUCUAGCUUUGUUUAUGUACAUAUUACAUAAUAUGGGGGAUUUUUUUAAUCAAACAAGUGUUUAUAUUUUACGGUUCAAUCUCAGAAACA